AUGGAACAAACAUGUCAGUUGCCAGAGUCGCAGUGGGAUAAAAUGAAGCAGGCCAAUCACCAAGAGGACGUCAGUUGCAGGAGCAUUUUUAACAAGCCAGGAAGAGUAGAUUUGCUAGUGAAAGGAGCAAAUGUUAAUUAUGAAGGAUCUUCUGAAUACGCUUUGCAAUACAAUAAAAUGCUGUUUGCCUUAAGAGACCUGAAUCUUGAAACUGCUAUAGUGGAAGGUGCUUCUGUAGCGCGCCUUUGA